AGAAAACCUACACUCGAAACCCUAACCCAUCAGCGGCCGAACCUCCACGCCAACGCCACAUCCGCGCACACACAAGCACCCAAAAUGGUGAAGUUCUUGAAGCCAAACAAGGCGGUGAUCCUCCUCCAGGGACGGUUUGCCGGCCACAAGGCUACCAUUGUGAGGAAUUUCGACGACGGAACACGCGACCGCCCCUAUGGCCACUGCCUCGUCGCCGGAGUCGCCAAGUACCCGAGCAAGGUCAUCCGCAAGGACUCCGCCAAGAAGCAGGCGAAGAAAUCGCGCGUCAAGGCUUUCAUUAAGCUCGUCAACUACAACCAUAUCAUGCCAACGCGUUACACUCUCGACGUGGAUCUGAAGGAUGUCGUGUCAGCCGAUGCGCUUGUGUCCCGUGACAAGAAGGUCACCGCUUGCAAGGAGGUCAAGGCUAAGUUUGAGGAGAGGUUUAAGACGGGGAAGAACCGUUGGUUUUUCUCCAAGCUCAGGUUUUGAGGUGAAAGAUUUAAUGAUGAUGUUGUGUUCGAUUUCUUUUGCACUUUUAGGAAUUUUGGCUAUGAAGUUGUUUUUCGUCUCGGAUUAUAUCAUAUGAUUUUGGUUAAAUUUGAUAUGGAAUGUCUACUUCACUAAAUUUUCUGGAUAUCUUUAUCGUUAGUUCCUACACUUGGAUUUUUGCAGCAUGAUAUAUACACGUUAAUUGAAGUA